CGCACCGAGAAUAAAACGCUGCAGAGGCAAAAAAAGAGGAACGAACGAAAAGUCGGUUCUCUUUUCGACUCAACUGAACACUUGUCCAAUUUCAUUGCGUUUGCGAUUAUUUUCUACUCAAAAAACCAAAAAACACAACCAGCCAACGCAUCGUAACUUAAUUCAAACCACAACUGUGAUCGCCCAACAUCGGAAAUAAUAAAUAAAAGCAACGCACCAGAAGAAUUGCCAACGCUCCAUUGAAAGUCCUUCCCUACACCACCAUAAGUGCAACAAAGAGUCAAAUUUGGCGAAUUUCAACCCAUAAGCAAUACACACUGUGCAUUACAACAGCAGCGUACGGCGGAAAAUCGCAAAAAAGACGCUGACGCUAGCAACCCAAAAAACCUAAAACUCCUAAACUAAAGUAAUCCCAAUCCCGAUUGGAAACCUUAAGACCGAUUAUCGGGCAUAUCCCAGGCGAUACAACCACUUGGACUUUGUUGAAGCUGCUCAGUGUAAUCCAGAGGUAGAAGAGCAAUGGUCAUGGAUGCGACCCAAUCGCAGCAGCCUUCGCCGCAGUCGGUGGGACGUGAGUUUGUCCGCCAGUACUACACGCUGCUGAACAAGGCACCCAAUCAUUUGCAUCGCUUCUACAACAACAACUCGUCCUACAUCCAUGGGGAAUCGAAGCUUGUGGUUGGACAGCGGGAGAUCCACAACCGGAUCCAGCAGCUGAACUUCAAUGACUGCCACGCGAAGAUCAGUCAGGUGGAUGCCCAGGCCACUUUGGGCAAUGGAGUGGUAGUGCAGGUCACUGGAGAGCUGUCGAACGAUGGUCAGCCGAUGAGACGAUUCACCCAGACUUUCGUCUUGGCUGCUCAGUCGCCGAAGAAGUACUACGUACACAACGACAUCUUCCGCUACCAGGACCUGUAUAUCGAGGACGAGCAGGACGGUGAGUCGCGAUCGGAGAACGAUGAGGAGCACGACGUUCAGGUUGGGUCUGGCUCGUCAUCUGGUACCGUCGACCAGGCGGUCCAAGUUGUUGGCGAGGUUGUGGCUCAGCAGCAGCAGCCGGCACCGCCGCAGCCGCAGGGACAGGUGGUCCAGCAGGUAACUCCUGGAGCAGCUACUGGGGCUGCCCCCCAGCAAAUCUUCUAUCCGCUGCCAGCCGGUGCUGGUGCCGGGCGUACGGUGGCCGUUUUGCCAGCUGCCCCCCAGGCAGCCGCUGUGCCGUUGCCGGCUCAGUUUGCUGCCCAGCCGAUCCAGAAUGGUGUGGUGUCGCACGAGGAGUUGCAGCAGCAGCAGCCCCAGCAGGUUUUGGUGCCGCCUAGUGUCUCGCCUUUGGUGCAGCAGGGUGGCACUCCCAUUGUGCCCAUCGUCCCGGUACAGAGUACGGGCUUCCAGCAGUCGCCUUUGGUGGCACCUCAGCUCAUCCAGCAGCAGCAGCAGGCGCCCCAACUGCCGCCUCAACAGCAACCCAUCCAGCAGCAACAGCCAAUCCAACAGCAGCAGCAACAGCAGCCAGAGCCCGAGGAAGUGGAAGUCGCACCGCGUCAGCUCCAGAAGCCGCCAACGCCCGUCGACGACUUCAAGACCAUACACGAGCAGCAGCAGCAGGAGAAGUACGAAGCCGUCAAGCAGCAGCAGAAUGAGCCCAAGACCUAUGCGAAUCUGUUCAAGUCGACCUCCUCCUCGCCCAGUGGAUUCGUUAACGCAGCUCUGCAGCAGCAGCAGCAGCUCCAGCAGCAACAGCAACAACAGCAGCAGCAGCAGUCGAUCACCAGCAGCUCUUAUACCUCGAAUUCUUCUGGUGGCGGCAACGGGCAGGUGAGCUACUCGUCGACGGCCUCCAACUACAACAACAGCAAUGGAAACUCGCGUUUGGACAACGGAGGUCCGCUGCCACAGCGCAACAACUCGAUCCGCAACAACAAGGGGGAGUUUGAACAGCGCCGCUCGAGCAACACCCAGCAGUUUGGGGACAACCAGCAACUCUUCCUCGGAAAUAUACCUCACCACGCCAGCGAAGAGGAGCUGCGCGAUCUGUUUUCGCAGUUCGGCACGGUCGUUGAGUUGCGGAUUCUGUCCAAGGCUGGAAACAAGGUGCCGCCCGGUAUGCGCAGCCCCCUGAACUAUGGAUUCAUAACCUAUGAUGAUCCCGAGGCAGUGCAAAAGUGCCUGGCUAAUUGCCCUCUGUACUUCCCGGAGAAUUCGCCCGAUGGCCAGAAACUGAACGUUGAGGAGAAGAAACCACGUAUCCGGAACGACAUGGCACCGCGCCAGCCGAUCGGUGGCAACAGCCUGAACAAUAACAUGGGUCGCUUGGGUGGCAACAAUGGUCCUCAGUCUCGGCCAAUGGGCAACAACAACAACGGCACUGGUGGCGGAAUGAUGCGUAAUAACAACGCCGGUGGCAACAACAUCCGUCAGGGAGGCGGUGGUGGUGGCGGCGGAAACGGUGCUCCGCGCCUGGGAGGUGGUGGCGGUGGAUUUGGACCGCGCCAGGACAACCGCAGCGGUGGCGGAAACAACCAGUCCAACGGUCCGCUGCGCGGUGCCGGCAAUGGACAGACCGGUCAAGGCAAUUACGGGCGUCGCUAAAAAAACUAAAUCCAUCACAAACCAGAACACAAGAGCAACAGCAGCAGCAGCAACGGCCACAGUAGCAACAUAACAACAACAGCGGCAGUAGCAACAUAAACAACAAAAAAAACCCAUCGUUAAGAACAUCGACUUCUUCCACAAUGCAAUCAAUCAAUUACAUUCAAGAACAUCAAAUGCAAUUAAACACAAAAUCCAUUAAAACACAAUGUAGUUGGAGCAACAAACUAAAAGAAGCAGCAACUCGAGGCAAAAAAAAACAAAAACCUAAAAAAAAAUAUCAAAAAACACAAAAAAAAAGCCAAGACAAGGUCUAUCCUUAGUUUAAUUGCGUAAGGCCCGCUUUUCCAGCCAGUUCGUGCCAAAAAGAAACCGAAAUUCUGUGCAAAUCUCUCUGUUGUGAAUGAAAAGAAAAGGAAUGCUUCAGCUCCACUACUACUGUAUACCCCGUCAGAAAUCCCUAGCACAUGCAUUAAGUUAAGACUCAAUCGCUCACAAGACACAAAAAAACACACACUACAUACAUACACACCAUCGGAUUAAAGAGUCACCAACGGAGACACAUUCACGCCCAGACCAUCCUAGCAUAAAUGUAUACAUUAGUAACAGCUCUCGUUUGGCAAAUCACUUUCAAGAAAAAAUCUUAAGUUUAAAAAAAGAGAAGAUCGCUAUAAAAUGAAAGUAGAGAUGCA